AGGGAGGCGGGGACGGCGGCUAUGGACAUGCCGGAGGAUGAAUCGCUGUUGAAGAGCCGUACCGGACACGGGCCGGAGCAGAGCCCGGGGGCAGCGCGCCCUGCAUGGGCAACGGCGGCUCUGGCCACCGUGCUGAUCUUCACCACUGUGGUGGAUGUCCUGGGAAACCUGCUCGUCAUUAUUUCCGUGCUUAGGAAUCGUAAACUACGGAAUGCUGGAAAUGUUUUUGUGGUGAGCCUGGCCUUUGCAGAUUUGGUGGUUGCAUUCUACCCAUAUCCUCUGGUUUUGUACGCCAUCUUCCAUGAUGGCUGGUCACUGGGAGACACCCAGUGCAAGGUGAGUGGCUUCCUGAUGGGCUUGAGCGUCAUUGGCUCAAUCUUCAACAUUACAGGCAUUGCCAUCAACCGCUACUGUUACAUCUGCCACAGCUUCAGCUACGACACGCUUUACAGCUACCGCAACACACUGCUGCUGGUAGCACUCAUCUGGCUGCUGACGGUCUUGGCCAUCGUGCCCAACUUUUUUGUUGGCUCGCUGCAGUACGACCCCCGCGUCUACUCAUGCACGUUCGCACAGACGGUCAGCACAUCCUACACUAUAACAGUGGUGGUCGUCCACUUCUUCGUGCCCAUUGCUGUGGUCACCUUCUGCUACUUGCGAAUCUGGAUCAUGGUCAUCCAGGUGAGGCGGAGGGUGAAGUCAGAGGUCCGCCCUCGCAUCAAGCCUAGUGACCUGAGGAACUUUAUCACCAUGUUUGUGGUGUUCGUGCUGUUUGCUAUUUGUUGGGCACCGCUCAACUUCAUCGGGCUUGCUGUUGCUAUCAACCCUGAAGAAGUGGUGCCUCACAUCCCAGAGUGGCUAUUUGUGGUGAGCUACUUUAUGGCUUACUUCAACAGUUGCCUUAAUGCUAUCAUCUAUGGCCUGCUGAACCAGAACUUCCGUAGAGAGUACAAGCGGAUUGUCAUGUCUGUGUGGAAGCCACAACUCUUUUUCCAGGAGACGUCCCGGGGGGGCACUGAGGGCAUAAAGACUAAACCCUCACCAGGACUCAAUAACAAUGAGCAAAUUAAAGGAGAAACUCUGUGACAGUUUUCCCCCUUCUUCCAUGUCCACUCAUCUUCUGGGUAUACUUUUUACACCAUUGAUCAGACGUUAAUCUCUACUGUACCAAAGCAAUAGACUGUGGAAAUUCAGAAAGAGUGGCUAACUAUUAGCGUUACUGAAAUGAAUGAAGAAAAUAUGACAAAAGUGGCAUAUUGACUAUUAUAGCUGUGUUAUCCACUCAAAGAGGGCCAUUCGUACAAUGAAGGCUCAUUUAUUUCAGUUGGUACUGAUGUUGUCCUGAGAAGACAUUAUUUUCUUUAUAGUAGAUGUAAAGUUUAGAUGUGUGAAACUAAUCACUAAUCUUUGUUUUUAGUAAAUCACCAUGGAUGAUGCCAAACUCACAUCAGAAUGAGAUUGAGUUAACAAAGGGAAGAGAAGGAGAUAAAUCACAGAUAGAUAGAAUAGUUUUGAUAAGAUAGUAUGAUAUUUGUCUGAAAUGUUAGUUCAGAGUAUAACAUUUUGACAAUUAAGCUACUGGCUCAGGAAGUCUGACAUUUUAUGGAUCCAAAUGAUGAACCCUAAUGAAUUUUAACAUGAAUUUCUUAUCACUAAUGAUUUACAAUUUCAAAAUUGAUGAGCCCUUGACAUGUAUUAUAAUGUUUUAUGUUAUAUCUUUUGUACACCUCAGGGUGCCUGCUUCUACGGUGUGUACUUGAAAGUGGCUUCCCCAACAGAUUAGUACUUUCACACCAUGAUUCAGGAUGGUUGUCUAAAAGUCCCUCUGGAUUCCAGUACUGUGUUGGUAUUUUACUAAUUGUGUGAUUUUGGCGCAACAAAUGUUUUUACUACUGUAUAACAGUAGUUAUUUUAUCGUUACUUUCUACCAGAAUCGUAUUCCCUUUCUCUUUGUUACUGGAUAAUGCCUCAAAUUUUUAAUUAACAUUUAAAAGAUUUGUCAAAGGUGCCUGAUUUAGUGUUCAUUAAAAUGAAGAUCACCAAAAACAAAACACUGCGACAGAAGGCGAUGGUGGGGUUAAAGUUGUAUUAUCAUUCAGUUGGUUUACCAAUAUUCCUCAUCAGCUGAAAAGAACAGCUGUAUAGUGAAGGUGUGUUCAAACAGAACAGCAUGUAUGUCAAGUCAAAGCAAAAAGCAGCUUGAUAUACACACACAAAUACAUGUUUAUAGGACAUAUUAGAACCUGUUCAAAAAUGUGACAAAUGGGGCAUACCUUUCCCAAGGUCUUGGAAACCUGGGAAUCAAAGAACUUCAUUUCCAUGCUUCUAAUAAGACAUUCAUAUGUCAAGGGGUUUUUUAAGUCUUUUAUAUGAAGACCUGACUAAUGCUACUAGUAACGGGACUUAUGUGGCCCAUAGCAACACAACACAUUUAAAGUUUAUGUGACUUUUAAAGUCCUAGUUAUUCAAAAAAUAGGGUCUAUGUUUGAAACUCCUAGAUACUGUAUGUUUUAGAUAUCUUGAUUAAAUGCUUAGGUGUACAAUAAAACACUCUAACUUUUAUAAAGAAGUUAGGACAUUUCCGACAGAAAAGCCUUGUCUUAUUCACAGGUUGAUACAAUGUAGUGAAAGUGAGUUGUUUAUAGACUUGAAUAAGCAGGUUUUAAAUGGGACAUAGCUUUUACAUUUUUGUAAAACUGUUAAAGUUGAAUUAUUAUUUAUUUACGAAUGUUGAAGUUAAGAAUCUCUAAAAAGAGGAAACACUUAAUGCCUUUAUUACUUCAGUAAAUUGCUGGUAAAAUGUAUAAAUUACAGUACCAACCAAAACAAGAGCAAGAAUGAAAAUGAUUAACUAUCAGAGAGGGCCCUGAUGGUAAUCCCAUAAUCGUCCAAACUAGGGCUGCCUUUAAUGAAAGCAUGCAUCACCUAAUAGUCCUAGGAUUCUGUAAAGUAACCACUAAUCCAAAGUCAAUUUGAUCAACAAAUCUGAAUUUAUGUUCAAUGUCCAAUAUUAAAAUCUAUGUGAAUAAUAAUGCAGUGAUUCAGGGAAUUCUUCUCAAAAUGUAGAGCUUUUAAAGUACAAAAAAAUGUUGUAUUGUCAUUACCCAUGCAAAACCAUAAAAUUCAGGGACCGAAUAGAUGUUAUGAAAUGGUCUAUUAAAUGAGUAGAUAAUUAUUAUUCAUGCAUUAGGGACUAUUUUUUUUAUCUAUCAAUGUUAUCAUCUCCUUCACUUACUAUGGAUACUCCGGAUAUCAGCCCUCAUUAGUGAUAAAUCAAGCCAAAGUGAUGCAAGAGGUCAUAUGGAUAUAAAACAAUUCCAAUAGUGAUAGUGGUGGCCUUUUAAUGUUUUACUUUGCAGAAUUGUAACAUGUUAUUAGCCACCUGGAUUACAGUUUGCUUCUGUACAGUCAGUAAAAUCACAGUUUGAGGCAAAAAAACCAAGUGCAAAACCUUGUCAUCUGUUUCAUUGGUGCAAAUAAUGCAAGAACAUUAUAAGCUCUUGAAUUCUGUGUGACACACCCUCAUUCAUCAGACAAAUGCAAUACUGUAAUUAUAUACAAUUUAGAUUUGACUUUUGAUUUGUUAGAACAUUUAUUUAUGUAAGUCUAGAAUAAAGUCAUAACAUAAAAACCCUGAAGGCAUAAAAAAAGCACAAUUAACUACACAGCCCGGGUAACAGUGUACUUCUACAGUUUACAGUUAAAAAUCUUAGUAAAGUUUCUAUCUUAGUAACGAUGAGAAUCACCAAUCUCUCUAUGCAUUUCAUACUUCAUAGCCGUACCCAAGAACAGCAAAAGAAGCUUACUCAAUACUUAGUAAUUUACUACUUCUUUCUCUAGUAUAUCUUAGUAAAACCAAGGAAACAGGUUGCCUGUAUUCCCCGUAAAGAAUGUGCAUGUCUGAAUGAACUUUUAAUACUUCUGCUUUUGCUUGGGUUGGAUAAUUCUGGUUGUUAUGAUAACUGUGAAAAAUUGCUGCAGAAAAUAUUAUGACGAUUGACGACAAUGAUGAUGAUGAUGAUGAUGAUGAUGUUGAUGAUGAUGAUGAUGAUGAUGAUGAUGAUGAUGAUGAUGAUGAUGAUGAUGAUGAUGAAGAAGCUAAUUGGGUAGCAAAUUAAUUAUUUCUGCCUGGGAAAUGCCAAAAGAAUGCCUGGAAAAUAAAAUACCUUUCUCGAGGAUCUACUGUCAGUGCACAUUAUGAAACAUUAUUAUAGCUUUCUUUGCCUUAGCAGUCACUUAGUGUUCUGUAAGGUAGCAAAAAAUAACAAGGUAUAUAUAAUUGUGACUUGA